AUUAUCACUUCUUGACCCAGCUAUCCAAUCCCAUAUGCGUCAAUGCGAGGGGCAUAUGUAAUAUUCCCAGUAUUCCAGCAAGCUACUUCGGUAUCAUCAUGCCGCCUCUUGGAGUGAAAGACCUCACCAUGCCUGCAGCGGCAUUUACAAUGGCUAUUGUUCUAGGUGCACAUGUGUAUUCUUCUAUAAACCAGGCUCGCCAGGAAGCCGAAUUCAAACGAGCACAAGCACUUGAGUCAGAAUACGAGAAAAAAAUGAGGAGGUUGUCUGGCAGUCAAAAUAGUGCAUUAAUGGAUAAUCAAAAAGAGAACUGAGGUCAUCUACUAUGACAAUACAAGGACUAUGUGGGAGGCAUCCAAGUUAUCAGUGUACUCCGAAAUACCCAUAACCGCAAGUUUCCCAUGAUUAUUGGAUAAAGGGUCGAUAACGAUGAUAUUUCCUUGAAAGAACUUUAUGCGCGGUGACGACACCUCCUAAAACCUAUUACCUUCAUGUUCUUGGUUUGCAUUUGAUAUCGCCACCUUAGCGGCCCUUUUUUGCUUGGACUGGUAGCAUCAUAUAUUGCUAUAAAACGUCCAUAGGGGAAGAACUGAAAUUCGCUUGAACAAGUGACGAUUUCUACAACAUGUAAUUGAACAAUGCACAAAACCGAAGCGUACAAUUCCUUGAGAGUCAAAAUGUUUCGUGAGAGUGGUUACGGCUAUAGAGCGUCCUUGGUGUGAACAAUUUCAAACGUGCGAGUCACAGAGACAUGCACCGCUGGUCCCCUAAACAGAGGUUGUUAGUCGAG